AUGCCAUAUCUAGCAUUAAUCAAUCUAGUGUCGUCAACUACGAUGGACCAACAGGAUGGUGUUGGUUAUUAUGACCCAACUGGCAGAGGCGGGUCGAUGCUCAUCAACGCUGGCGAUGGAUACGGUGAACCUAUGAAUGUCAUAAUCUCUGGUCUUAGCUCUCCUCACGUCCUCAGACUUGACGGAGCUAUCAAUUUUGCCCGUGCUAUUGGAUUUUCUGAAGAAUGUUUCGGCCUUCACUUGGGCGGUUAUAUGCCCGCCAACUUGGGAGAUGGAAACGGAUGGGUCAAUCAAACCAUUGAACUUCGCCAGGACUAUGGAAAUGCAGGAAUCGGAACGUGUCUUGAGAGCAUCAUCGGAGGAAAUCAUUUUCGUAUAUUUGUACAGAACGGUACAACGGCGGACAGUGGCGCUCUCUUCCUAGCCGUGUCUCGAGAGGAGCCCUUAACAGAGAACCAUGAUGUCGUGCCAGAUGGGUACAAUAUUGGCCGCAAUCAGCUGGUGUCGGCAGCGGUUGGUAAAACAUGGUAUAAUGGGGUCAAAUACCACACUGUCGCCCAAAACAUUACUGGUCUCCUUAAAGCUGGCGCUGAUGGUGUUAACCAUGGCAUUGCUCAAGAUGGUAUUGUUACGUUAUUGACCGUCACGAUUUAUUAA